UGAAGCUCAUCAGAUCAUCAUGCAGAAACAAGUAAGCUAAUCAUAAGAGGAGAGAGAGAGAGAAAGAGAGUGAGAGAGAGAUGUACGUAACGAGACCUCGAUCUCUGUACAAAAGGGACCCUGAAGCUCUUUCGCGUACGCCAGAAGGACCAAAUCUCGGGUACCUAGUACUUCAAGAUGAAGAAGCUGAAUCAUACCGUUGUUUUGGCUUGUGGAAGAAGGGAAUCAGCAACUUGCCAUUCCCUCAGAACAGGAACUUAACCAUUUCCUAUACAGUGCAUACUGGAAGUGGCGUCAUAAUUUUACGAGAUGGAGUCAUGUUCAUUCCUGUUCUUAAUCAACCUUUGUCUUCUAAUCUCUACUAUGUCAUACGAAGGAAAGGGAAGCACCAAGGUGAAGCAAGCACAUGUUCAAAGGAAGAAGACCUCGGGACAUGUUUCUGUUGCAAUUAUAUCAAAGACGUCAAAACCAAACCUCUAAAUCCCUCUGAUGAAUAUCAACAAUUUGAGAUUUUAAAAACGUUUUGUGGACACAGAGCCAAAUCUAUUGCCUCAGAUGGGUUUGCUCCUCUGUUCUUGAGAAGAAGAGGUUGGUCUCUCUGCACCGCCGCACCCAGCCAUUAUCGUUUAAGUGAAGCUCUUGGCGUCAACCCUACCUUGCGAGCGAAGUUACCACCUUUCACCUUCUCAUCAUCACCAUCGGAUUGCUCCGAGCCGGUGGUUGUCGGAAAAUGGUACUGCCCGUUCAUGUUUGUGAAGGAAGAAGGAGUGAGUGUAAAGGAGCAGAUGAAGAAGUCAGUUUUCUAUGAAAUGACGCUUGAAAGAAGGUGGGGUAAAGUUUUCUCUAAGGAAAACAAUGGGAAAAGUAAUGAAGUGUUUGUGAAUGUUGUGGUGGAAACAGAAGUUGCAGGGAUGGGUGAUGGGAGAGAAGAUGUUUGGGAAGAAGGAAGAUUUGGUGAAGAGGGUGUGAUGUGGUUUAGGGUUUUGGAGAGAGGAGAGAGAAAGGUAGGGUUGAGAAUGGAGAUUGUGGAGAGAAUGAGAUGGGAAGAAGAGAGAGCUGAUGAUUGGGAGGGAAAGAAUAAUGAGAAGAAGAAAGUGAGAUUUGAAAGAACUGAGAAGUUUGAUGGAAAAAUUCAUGAGUGGGAAAAUUUUGGGUUUUAUGUGUUGGUGGAAAGUUUUGUGUUGAGGAGAAUGGAUGGAAGUGUGGUGUUAACUUAUGAUUUUAGGCACACAAAUCAUGUUCAGUGUAAAUGGAAGUGACCCAGGUGUCUCAAAACUCUCUAAUGCUUCUUUGUAAUACUUUAUAUAUUUUAUUUGUUUUUUGUUUUUUGUU